AUGGUAUGGGAGUGUUUAGAGCGCGAGCGCGCGGCAAAACUGCCGUUGUCCGCGGCAGGACGGAAGUUCGUGGCGUUGAGUGUGGCGGGGGUGAUCCCAAUGGUGCUGAAGCGGCUCCGACAUCGGACACUGGGCCAAUCGCUGCAGGCGGUUUCGUGGCGCUGGGCGCAGUUGGCGCUAUUGUUGAAGAGCGAGUUGCCGGAGGCUGAGUUCGCCCAACUUGAAACAAAGGCGCGGGAAGCGGUGCCGGCGCCGGCGGGACAGCCGGGCUGGCAGGUGUUGGCCGCCGGACUGGACCAGCGCGCGACCUCCGACGACCUCAGACGCUGGCUGAAGAGCUGGUCUGACGAUCUCGAGCAGAGAGGCGGCUGGACCUUCGAGGGGCGGGUCUUUUUCAAGUGGCUUCCGCCCGGACUGCGCGCACUCCCGGAGGCCGAAGACGCCGCACAUAAGAUCGUUGCCGCCAUCGAGAUAGUUCGCCGCGUUGACCUUUCUUCUACUGCCAUCAAGUGGAACGACCCCGCAGGGCUGCCCAUCGCCAUUGCGCUUCGCAAACUUUGGGGCACACACACGUUCGGCAAACUCGUGCACAUCUGGCGGGCCCGCUACAACCCACCCCCGAACACCUCCGACGACUGGCUCGUCAGCUGCGUCGUCCGCUCCGCCAAGUUAGACACCAACAGACUCACGUCUCUCUACCACGCAUGUCUCACCGUCGGUUCCGAACUGGAUCCCCAAGACCUGGCUCCCCGAGACCUGGCUCCCCGAAGCCUGGCUCCCCAAGACCUGGCUCCCCAAGACCGGGCUCCCCAGGAGGUUCCAUUCCCGCGAAUGUCACCUGGUGCUGUGACCGGUUCUGCUUUAGAGGCAAGGACCGCCUUUUUAGAGCGUCAGUACACCGGCGUGGGCCGGCCGGAUGCGGCGGAGGCGGCUAAGGUAGACGCAGCUGCCAUCCAGGCGGACCUGGUGGAGAGAAGGACUGCCUUGUUAGCGCGCGUGAUCAGCGAGAGUGGCGGGUCGAGAAGGUCCAGUCUGUCGGACGCAAAGGCGUCGCAGCUGACGCAGUUCGUCUCCGGUUGGGCGGAGACGGCCUUGCGGGAAGCGAACGGGAACGGAAUGACGUUGACGCGCGUGGAACUUGCGCUUUGUUCAUGGCGGUGGUUGCUGUUGGCGGAUGUUAUGAUUGAGAAGAUGGACAGCGACGGAUUGCAGGGGCUGUUGAGUCAGGCGGAGACUGUGAUCCCUCGGCCCAAGAACGUGGGGAAGCAGUGGUACUUAGCGUGUGUGUUGGAUGCCUUGAUUUCGCGCGCUCUGCUGAAUGUCUGGCUUACCGAUAAAUUCGGCCUCACUGAGCCCGGCUGGUUCUCCCCUGAGGUGCUCUACGUGGAGUACUUUCCCCACGACAACCCGGUGCGCCUUCCGAUAACACCUAAUGGCGAGAGACUCGUGUUGGCCCUCUGUACCUUUAUGCACCGCCUGACUAAGGCAGAAACCAGGUAUCAUACGAGAUUCGUCAAUCCCCGGAGCCACGGUUUCACGUGGCUUGCGAACAAGCAAGACGUGGUGGCGCUACGAAUGCUACACGAGCUCGAAGAACCCCUCUUUAGCGAGAUCGCCCGACUAUGGAGAGAUUCGAUCCCUGCCCCCUGUGGGGUCGACGACUGCCGGUAUCUGUCCUCCUUGCUUAAACUGAGCCACAUACAACUCUCAAAAUCACUGAGAGUUUUCAGGCGUUGGGAAAAAAUGGAAGAUGCCAACGGCAGGGGCAUGCCGCGGAAAAAAAAACGUCGUGAGUACUAG